ACGUGCACGUGCAAGCUGCCCGCAAUACGUCAUGGCGACCAGACGCCUUUUAGGGGCUGCCCGGAUAUGGGCCGGCUGGGGGACCCGGGAGCUCCUAGACCCCGCCUCUCCUAGAAGGCUCCUGGUCCGGGAUUAUGCUAAGAAACCAGGUGAGCUGGGGGGUCGCCGUGUAGCUCUGAUUCCUGCCUGCGCCCUCGUCAGGCUGUUCGAGAUGAACUUGGGCCCCCCAAAGACCCUGGAGGAGCUGGAUCCUGAGACCCGGGAGUACUGGCGGCUGCUGCGGAAACAGAACAUCUGGCGCCACAACCGGCUGAGCAAGAACAAGAAGUUGUAGCGUGGUGGGCCCGGCCUCCCCGCCCCCUGCCCCGAGGGCUUGCCGCUUUCCCAGAGGACGCCGACUUUUGUGAGACAAGAGGCCUGGGUUUCCAUGUGACCCCACAGUGGGGCUGGACUAGGGCCCUGGAGACCAAUAAAGACCUUUCUGGGUAGACCCU